AGCACAUCCUCCCCUCACGCCCGAGCGGGGAUGGCGGCCGUGGCGGCUGCAGCCAGAGCCCUUCUGUUGCCGGCGGCGCGGCGGCGCCAGCUCUGGGGUAUCCCCGAGAGGCUUCUGGCCCGAGGCGCGGCCGGGCGGUCAUUACAUCUUGGGCGGAACAGAUUGAGAAGUACACAGGCUGCUACAGAAGUUGUUCUGAACGUUCCAGAAACACGAGUAACUUGCUUGGAGAAUGGGCUCAGAGUGGCCUCUGAAGACUCUGGGCUCUCAACAUGCACGGUUGGACUUUGGAUUGAUGCUGGAAGUCGCUAUGAAAAUGAGAAGAAUAAUGGAACAGCUCACUUUCUGGAGCACAUGGCUUUCAAGGGCACCAAAAAGAGAUCCCAGUUAGAUCUGGAACUUGAGAUUGAAAACAUGGGUGCUCAUCUCAAUGCCUAUACUUCCAGAGAGCAGACUGUAUAUUAUGCCAAAGCAUUCUCUAAAGAUUUGCCGAGAGCUGUAGAAAUUCUUGCUGAUAUAAUACAGAACAGCACAUUGGGAGAGGCAGAGAUUGAACGUGAACGUGGAGUAAUCCUUAGAGAGAUGCAGGAAGUUGAAACCAAUUUACAAGAAGUUGUUUUUGAUUAUCUUCAUGCAACAGCUUAUCAAAAUACUGCACUUGGACGGACAAUUUUGGGACCAACUGAAAAUAUCAAGUCAAUAAAUCGUAAGGACUUAGUGGACUAUAUAACCACACAUUAUAAGGGACCAAGAAUAGUGCUUGCUGCUGCUGGAGGAGUUUCCCAUGAUGAACUGCUUGAAUUAGCAAAGUUUCAUUUUGGUGACACUUUGUCCGCACAAAAAGGAGAAAUACCAGCUCUGCCUCCCUGCAAAUUCACAGGAAGUGAGAUUCGAUUGCGGGAUGACAAGAUGCCUUUGUCUCACAUUGCAAUAGCUGUUGAAGCUGUUGGUUGGGCACAUCCAGAUACUAUCUGCCUUAUGGUUGCAAACACACUGAUUGGCAACUGGGAUCGUUCUUUUGGGGGAGGAAUGAGUUUAUCUAGCAAGCUGGCUCAGUUCACCUGUCAUGGCAACCUCUGCCACAGCUUCCAGUCUUUUAAUACUUCCUACACUGAUACAGGAUUAUGGGGGAUCUAUAUGGUUUGUGAACCAGCCACUAUUGCAGACAUGGUACAUAUUGUUCAAAAAGAAUGGAUGCGACUUUGUACAAGUGUCACUGAAAGUGAAGUUGCACGAGCCAAAAAUCUUCUGAAAACAAACAUGUUGUUGCAACUUGAUGGUUCAACUCCAAUAUGUGAAGAUAUUGGUAGGCAAAUGUUAUGUUAUAAUAGAAGAAUUCCCAUCCCUGAGCUUGAAGCAAGAAUUGAUGCUGUAAAUGCUGAGACAAUUCAAGAAGUGUGUACCAAAUAUAUUUAUGAUAAGAGUCCAGCUAUUGCUGCUGUUGGUCCCAUUGAACGGCUACCAGAUUUUAACCAGAUUUGCAGUAACAUGCGCUGGCUUCGUGAUUAAAAAUGAUCCUAAUUAAAAUAUUUUGAACAUAUAACAGAGACUUUAAAAAUUAAUUUGAAUCAAGUACUGUCAAACUUUCAAAGGAUUAAGACUAUACCACAGUGAAUAGCACACUUUCAAAUUACCACCAUAAGUAUAAUUUUAAGAAUGAAAAUUGUACAGUAUUUUCAGUUUUAUUAUAAAAAUGCACACACAACAAAGAUUGUCAUAAGUCAUUUCUUGGCUCUACUUGCAUUUAGCACUUGCUCUUGAGCAGCUUUCUUUGCUUUUACCAUCUCCACAAGUUCCUAGGAAAGAAGGUUUUAAGAAACUCAGAAUUUGCAUACAAAACAUACACCUUUAUGCCAAAUGCUAGCAAUAUAACAGUUCAAAUUGGAUAAAAGACAAGGGAAGAGGUAAAUUUCAUUGCCAGAGCUAAAAAAGCGCUAAAGUUAGUCAUUUCUUUGUAAUAUUGCCCACACAACUAUUGUAUUGAAAUAAGCUCAAAAGUGUAAUGUAGAUAUGGAAUCUAUACCAUAAAAAUAAUGUAAAAAUGUAAAACCUUAUAGCGCUUCAUGCAGUCCUUCUUUGUCCUGCCAGGCACUGCUUCUGCUAUUUUUUCCCAUCUUUCCGGUGUAUUUACUGGGUAUGUUUUCAAGGCUUGUUCCAAAAGCUUCUGUUCUUCUGUUGUCCAAGGGGUGAAAUCUGUGCAUGGACCUGUAAGAAAAAUUCUAAUUUGAAAAAUAUCCUAAUUGAUAGAAAAUUUUCAUUGAGUACCAUCUUACUAGAAGAUCUCUCGGUGUGCAGAUAUCUUGAUAAAAUUCAAAUCUGUGAUGUGUCACUUUAAACAAACUUUUAGAGAUGAGACACAUAAACCUAUUAAAUAGUGAGAAAAUUUAAGCACAAUAAUAUACUUGACUUUAUUAUUGGUCUCUUACAACCUAACAUUGUAUUCACUAGCCUUCAAGAAAAAAAUCAGAUUUGAAUUUAUUAAAAUUGUACCAUUAGGUUAAAAAAUACAAUCACAAGUCAUUAAAAACUUCUGACUUUAGAAAACGUGCAUCUGGAUUAGACCCUGGAAACAUUCUUGUUUUACUGGAGAAAAUAAUGUAGCAAAAUUAAGCCAAGUGCCCAAGGUUUCAGUGCUGGAGGCAUUUUUACCACAUCCUGUAAAAUUGUGACAUUUCAUACAUGUCUCACAAAACAUUUCCCACUUUGUGGGAAAAUGAAAAUAUUAAAUGGCUAAAAAACUGACGUAUGUAUGGAUGAUGGGCAGUUCAGUAGAACUUACCUGAUACAAAGUGAAGUCUAGAAACCUAAGUUAUUUCCUAAUUAGAAACACAGUGAAAAGUUACAAACAAACCUACUCAAAAUAAGGCAGAGAACUUACAUUUGAAAGCAGAUUAGAAGCAUUUUUGAAGUCCGCUUUUAAGAUUCCAGCAAGCACUUGAAAGUCCCUUUUAACACCAUAGUUUGGAUUCAUUUCUUGUUUCAAUACCAAAGUUAGUGAAAUAUGUAAAUUCCUAUGUGAAAUUACAUUUCAAAGCAAAUGGUGUAAUCUUGCUGUUUACGGUGCAGCUGGAGAGGGGCCUGCCCAUUAUACCCAUAAUGGGGACAAAGGCAUCAUGGCCACAUUCCAUGCUGCCGUCACUCCUGCCCUCACAGGGACGCCAUUUCUCCUCAAAAACUGGCCACCUGCACAACCAUCAGUGUCUGCCUCCAACGUACAAACAGGUCCCAAAGAAGGGCCCAGAACAGUGUGUGAAUACCUGAAUGUUGUAUUUUUUAUGGUAGGGUGUAAGGGAGCAAAAAGAGAAUAAACAAAUCCCUGUAGCACCCUCUGCAGGGUGUUCUGAAACUGCCACAAUCAUCUGGUUAAGAAAAUAAAGCUCAGCCUGGAAAAAAAAAGUCACCCUUGAUAUUUGCAACCACAGAGUGAUUUCCUCUCUCUAGAAUAUUAUGUCUCUCCUAAUCUUUAAACUGAAAAUCGCAACUAGAAAGAAACAAUGUCACAUGCUAAAAAUGCACACAUGAACAAAAAUUUAAACUAUACCCAUCUACAUAGUACGUGUGUGUACUUGAUCCACUGAAUGGAUUUCAUGUCCCACUCAUGGG